AUGGCGGGAUCUGAUACCCAAGACGCGCGCCCGCCACCUCCUCCACUUGACAACACUAUUAAGCUCACAGAACGCAGGAAGAAACAAUCACAGGAUGUCGGAUUACCCGCCAUCGGUCCUGUAACUCUGACGAAGAUCUCAGUGCUAGAGGAGACAAGUACAAAUGUUGAAGACUGGCAUAACGAAGUUUACUGUAUUCUCCGUCCUCUGCGUCUUCACAAGCUGUUAGACCACAAACGUCCACGACCCAAGAAGGGAGACAAAGGUUAUGAACAGUGGUCUUACUGGUCUACCACCGUCUCCGGGUGGAUUUUCACCCAUUUACACUCAAAUCUGAAAGACCUGUUACGCCCUACACUCGGUAUAGGUACACAUGGUUACGCUGAACUGUCAGACAGUGAAGAUGAAGAAGAUGAAGAGCACGACAUAUACGCCGAUGUUUUGAUAAAGGAGAUCACUCGUGCGUUUCGUGGCGGCAAUCUAAUCAACCAAACAAUCCUCGAUGGAAAGAGGUUCCUUCACUUGAAAAGAAACAGUUUCGGCACCGUUAAAGACUACAUCACUGCCUUCCGGAGACAUCUAGCGAUCCUCGAGAAGCGCAAGAUUGCUCCGCCACCACUUAGAGCAUUUAUUCAUAUCAUUGAUCAGCUCGGCAACGAAUCACCGAAGUUGAACUUUAUUAUUAAACAAAUCAGCAGGAAGCAGACCAUUACUCGCGACGAAUUCGAUGAGUUCUGUAAAGACCUGCAAGUUGAAUCUGACACUCGCGAAUCCGGCGAAGCAGCUGCUACCCGAGGAAGCCGUAACAACAAUAAGAAGAAGCGACCCUCGACAACUGCUAAACAGGAAGAUGACAAACCACAAAGCCAAACCCCUCGUGCCUCCGAGGACGAUCACAAGAAACAGUCUGACAACAAUAGCUCCGGAAAGAAGUUCCGUAGAGCACCCCCGAAGGGCAAAGACAUUCACCAAUACGCGAAGGAAAAGCGUGAAGCAGAGAAGCAAGUGGAUGACAACGGUAACUGUAGUUUCUAUAGACUCGGUCCCCACAAUACCAAGAACUGUUACCACCUUGCCGACAACAUUGUUAGAGACUAG